AUGCUGCGUAAUCUCAUUUUAAUCUCUUUCCUUGGUAAGUUGUUCCCACUUCUUUUCCUUUUAUGAAUACGCCUCCCUUUUAGCCUGUGCAUUUGCUCAGACGCCGGUCAUCGGCGGAACCUGUAAACUGGGAACCGCCGAUGUCCAGAUCGGUGGAAAGCAGACACAGUUCUUCCUGAAAUGCGAGACCACAGCCGAGUGAGUUCUUCCCUUUGCUUCCCCUCUGCUCAUCCUUUCAUCGUUCCAGCAGCGCCGAGGGUGAGGGUGUCUGGGUCGUAAAGUCCCGUGCCGCGGCCGCCGCUGCUCCAGCUCCGGCUCCAGCCCCAUCGGCCCAGCUUCCAGUCGAGAACACCCAGCCACAACAGCAUCCAAAGGCCCGCAAGCCAGCUUCUCCGAACAUUUGUGGUCAGUUUCUUCUUCUUUCGGUUUGUGAAAGCUCUUAAGUCAACUAAUGAGCGAGACGCACUUCUGGCCGCAAACAAACCUAGAGGUGAUGUGGUCAACAACAGGCUCUAAAGUAGGGAUGAAAUGAGAAUCAGAAAAGAAUAAGAAAAAGAUGAAGUGGAAGUAGAAAUCCUCCGACAUCAUCAUCCGUGUAUUUUGCCAUGUUUACUUAUGCUUCUGAUGGUGUUUCUUUUGCUUCUGCGGCACUGAAUGAGUGUGUAUUUAUUCUAUUCACUGAAAAAUUACAUACAAACACAAAUAGUGGUUGUUGCCAGCAUGGACUGGAUCGAUCACAAUCGCCCAUGUACUUCCUCUCCCUUCCUCUCUAUAGUUUUUCCGUUUCACUCUCACCGAGGGGUUUCUAUGGAAUUCGGAGAAAAAACCGUAAACGACAAGGUCAUUUGGGGUGUCUUGUCUUCGCGAUUCCUGCUGCUCCGUCGGCUAUUGUCCGCACUUGCGCACAGUGUGCUGAGAGCCGUCGGCGCGUGACCAAGAGGGGGGGAUCGACUCAACAAAUAGGUCAGUGGGGAGCAGAGAGCACGCGGGACGAAGAGCCGCAGGAGCUCGCCCGGUCUCCCGCGCCGAUUCAGAAAGAAAGUGUUUUGUUUUGUCUCUCCCCCUUUCCGAGAACAAAUUAAUGAGGAACAACUUUUUGGGACGGGACGACUGAUAAGAAAUGAAAGAAAUGAAUGCAAUUUCAGAGCAAGACAAUGGAGCCCGCGAGAACGAGGCGUGCGCCGUGUCGGCCACUUGCUUGCAGGCCCACAACGAAUUCCCGUCCUCCUACCUGCAAUGCGACCAAACGUAGGGGGACGAAAUGGGGCACAAGACACACUAAACGGCUUGUUUCAGAACUCUCCGAUGGGUCCGCAAGUCGUGCCAGGAGGGCUUCCUGUUCAACUUUGAGCAACAAACCUGUAUCGUUCCGAAGAGAAUGAGCUCCCUCUCCCGUAAGUUUCACACUCCUUCGUUGCCUAACACUUUCCUAUCAGCGCCUCCCCUCUCUAACUCUAACCCUUGCUCCAAAUGCCGACUGGGAACUGCCUGCCGUCAUGGCGAAUGCAUCCCUCUAACCACUUCCAGUAGGUUUCUUCCCUUUCCUCGAGUGCUUUCUAACCCUUUGCUAGAUCUUUGUUCUGACGGAUCACCCCCGAACGGCACUUGUUCACGAGAACCUUCCCCUUGUCCCCAUGGACAUUUCUGUACGGCCCAAAAGGUGUGCUGUCCUUCCACUGCUCUUCAAGCUUCCAUCGGAUGCUCUCUUGUCUGUACCAUCGACGAAUCGUGCCCCAAAGGAAUGUCUUGUCAUAACAACUGCUGCGAAGAACGGAAGCUGCUCCGUCAUCCCAAAGUCUAUCGAUAUGCGACCGUGGAGGCCACCAACACAAUCUUCGAAGUGGACAGUGACAUCUUCGAUAGUGCCGCCGUCGAAUCGCUUCCCACCCAGAAGCCUCAGCGCCUCGAGGAGAUCAUGGCACCGUCAAUCACGCCCACUCCGACACGGACCACCACAGAUGCAGAGCCACAGCGGCGGUGUUUGAGCAGCGACAGUAACGAGUUCACAUCAUCAGGUUCGUUCGUUUCUCCUCUUUUGUUUGCGGUCAUUUUAAAGUAUUUCGGAGAGGAGCGCUCCUCUGUUUACGAAGUAAAUAGCGGCUAAUGAGGAGCUAAGACGAACACGCACCGCGCAUUAGCCACCAACCAAAUUUUACUUUUCUAGGCGGAGCAUCAAGUACAUGCGGAGGAACGAAUGCGAAUUGCACUGCUGAUGAAGACUGUCCCUCGACAUUCAGAUGUUCGCAGGGAUGCUGUCGAUUGGCAGUCUGUCCGAGGAGUCUGACGGCGGUCAGAUUUACCUGCACGAGUCAAUAUCACUGCAGAGCGACCGAGCACUGCUUUUUCGGAGGAUGUUGUCCCAAAACAAUCGAAUUGGCAGUGAUCAAAAGUCAGCGAAUUCAAAGCAAGGAAGAAGAGGGAACAGAGAAAAGCCAAGAGAAAUUGGAAGUCGAGGAGAGAGUAAUAAUUGGAGACUGUGAAGUGGACACGAGAGUAAAACUGUGUGACAUUGAUAAUGUCUGCCCGGAUAUGUCCGAAUGCGUCGAAGGCGUCUGCUGCAAACAACCUCCCGCGGCACGAUGCGGCAACGGACUAAUGGCUCUGACGAUCCCGUCGAGCUGUGAUCUCUCAGAUGACUGUCCCAUUUCAUCCAGAUGCGAGUACGGGAAAUGCUGUCCUCUCUUGACCGAAUCGGACUCUGAAUCGGAAGUGGAAGAAGAAACAACGCAGUCGACAUCAGAAGAUAUUAUCAAGGAAGAAGUCACAUCAACAGCGACAAAGAUUUGGAAGAAAACCAUGAAAAUAGAGAAGGCAGGAGGGUUGUCAAUCAGCAAGAAUGUAUGUGAUUCAUUCUUUCGCUCUAUCUUAUCGUCCCCUAUUUCAGAAAUGUCUCUCUUCCCAAUCAUGCGACCUCCACAGCCUGUGUCCACCUGAUUUCACAUGUUCGCUGUCCGGAAAGUGCUGUAAACUGAAUGUCAAGUGCCCGGAUGGGACUGUUCCGGAAACUUCUUGCGAAUCCGCCGACUCACAUGACAGCUGUCCGUCCUCAUCGCACAGAUGUACCCUUCUGAACAAGGAACACUACGCUUGCUGCUAUAAUCCUGGUAAGCUUUCUAUUCACUCACCGAACAAUAAUUCCAAUCUUCGUUCAGAAUCCUCUUUUCUCGUUGAAGGAAGUGUGACUGCAGUUGUAUCCGAAUGUCCACCCGGAUCAGUUGAAGUCGAUCCUCGAUUCGGCACUUCCUGCCGUUAUAGUCUCCAGUGCCCGUCUCCGUAUUUUUGUACUCAGAAGGGACGGUGCUGCCAACUUUCCAAGACUAUAUAGGUUUGUUGCUCACUUUCUACGGGGAGAUCACCAAUUGUGUUGUUUUCAGAAACUCCAGCAACUAUCCGAAAUCUCCAUUUGCCAAACACGUGUACAUUGCUAACUUAUACAUUAAACUAACGAUAAACCUUGCAUGAAACUGACAUCUAAUCUGGCUUCUCCCCCCAUUUUCUCUCCGUUCAGUUUCCUCAAUUCAUUCAUACAGGUCAACAAGCCAGCGGACUCAUCUGCACAUUCUCUAGCUGCUCCAACUCGAACCCGUGCUCCGUCGGAACUUGUAACAACGGAUACUGCUGCUCCAGCGGCUCCAACAAUGCCCAGGCAAUCAUCGGUAUGUCAUCCGUCUCUUUUUGUCCGUCCGCACCCCUUCACUCCCUUCACUUUAUUCAGAUUCUGACCGCACCAGCACCACUAACACAUCCAAAACCAAAAAAGCUAACAGUAAGAAGCAUCGGAAGCCUAAAAAGAAACAGAUUUCUGAGGAGAGCACCUCCGAUCCUCUUCUUCAGAAUGAUUUUCCGAUUGGCCCACCUGGAUACGGGUUCCCAAAGCACCUCUCCAAACUGGACGAAGUGCUCAUUAGAGCCCAAGGUGACGGUGGUGAGCGAUCUGGCUCAUGCGAUCCCCACUAGCCUCCCUCUUUACAGUCUCUUGCGCCGGCGGAUUCACUUCCUCGUUGAUCUGCUCCGUCGGCUCAGAAUGCCCUGCUGGCCUGCACUGUGACACUGCUAAUAACCUCUGCUGCCCGCUCUUACUACCCCUCACUGAUCCGAAAAAUCCAAAGAAAAGAAAGUCGAAGAGAAGGAAGCAAAAGCAGGAAGAGAUGGAGAUGAUCGAGACGACGAACGCGCCGGAGCCAGAGCGAUUCUCGUCUUACUCCUGUGGAUGCAGUAAUCAUUUGCACUUUCCCACACACUAACUUCCUAUCCAUUCGAUUCCAUUCUCAUCUUUUUAUUUUCAGUGUCCGGAGGAUCCGGAGGAUGCGUCGGAUGCCAGAACGCCCCACAAGUCAUCACCAUCCGUAUGCUCUUCUUUUUCGGGCAACCCUUCUAGUCGUAUUGAAUUUCAGCACAAAACUCGUGCCCAGGAGGAGGAUACUCCGUUGGAGGAUGCAGUUCCGGAUACUGUGCCACCGGAUACUCUUGCAUCCAGAACCAGUGCUGCCCAUCUUAUUCCUCUGCUCCAAGAAUCUCCGUCUGUAUGUCAUCUUUUUCUGGUGAUUUUCCAAACCUCUUUACUUUCAGACAGCUGCCCAUCCGGAGGAUCGGCCGUCGGAGCUUGCAUCUCUGGAAGAUGUGCCAGUGGAUACUCGUGCUACAACAACGCCUGCUGCCCACAGACCACCACCACCAACCCAUUCGUGUGCACAGACGGAACCCAGGCUGCCGGAGGAUGCGUGAACGGACAGUGCGGAACCGGAUACACCUGCUCCAACGGACUCUGCUGUGCCGGAACCUCGACCACUGUCAAGUGCCUCGAUGGAUCCGACGCCGUCGGAGCUUGCAUUCCUUCUUGCCAGGGAGACGGUUGCGGAGGAGUCCAGGUCACGUACUACUGCGGAUCCGGAUACACUUGCACCACCGGAAACAUCUGCUGCCCAAUCAACAGUUGCCCGAACGGAGGAGAGCCACUCGGACCAACCAUCAACGGACUCUGCCCAACUGGAUACACUGUCCAAGGAAACCUCUGCUGCUCCGCUACUUGCUCCGAUGGAUCUUCCGGAACCGCCGCCGUCAACGGAGUCUGCCCAACUGGAUACACGCUCACGAACGGAGUCUGCUGCGCCUCGACUCUUACCUGCUCGGAUGAGAUCUCCAUCGGCCCAUGCACCGGAACUGGAUACAACGGAGGAUGCCCAGUCGGAUACUCUUGCGAUUCGAACGCUGUUAACUGCUGUCCAGUCGUCGACUACACCAAUGAGAGUUGCCAAGUCGGACCAGCCAUCGACGGACUCUGCCCACCUGGAUACGUUGUCGUCUACAUCCCGAACAGCCCGCUCAUCACCAACGGAGUCAACCCGGGAACUUGCAUUGACGUCCAGUGCAGUGAGUAUUCUUUCCUUCUUCGUUCCAGACACGAUUAGGGUGACACUCCUAUAACUGGUUAAUUUCAGCCACCGGAGUCUGCGCCGCCGCCAACCAAGUCGGAGAGUGCGAUCAGAACACUGACACCGGAACGUGCCCGACUGGAUACACUUGUUACACGACUGCUGGAGUCUGCUGCUCCACCACUACUUUCUCGCGCCUCCGCCUCUCCAACAUGCGACCAAUGGCCCAGAAGCCAGUCUACGGACGUCCACUUCACAGCUACAUGCCUCGUAAGUAGGACUGUUGUUCCGUAGUCUUCCAUCAAAAAGUGUGCAGUGUGAUGUGUUCCUAUCUCUGUAAUUCUAUCUCUCUCCAUCCCGCCCCUCUCUCCACCUCUUCUUCUUCAGCUCGUUUCGGCGGACCGUCCGUGUCUCCCUCGUGCUCCGACGGAUCUCUCUCUUCCGGCCCGUGCAUGAACGGGCUCUGCGGCAUUGGACUUGAGUGCCAGAACGGCCAGUGCUGCUCUCCGUCGUCCAAACAGACGGCCGGUCUUCUUCAGAGUACUCUGCAUGCUUCCCCGGUCUCUCUUAUCUUCCCAUUCCAGGCAAAUGUCCGUCCGGAGAGACCGCUGUCUCGGGAUGCUUCCCCAACGGAUCCUGCGGAACCGGCUACGAGUGCGUCUCUUCACUGAACCUCUGCUGUCCUCCCGGUCAGCCACAGCUCCCAUCGUUUCCGCCUCACAACGGAAACAACAUGAACGGUCUGAGCAACAUGAACAACAUGAACAACAUGAACAACAUGAACGGUCUGAACAACAUGAAUAACAACCGAUUCGGAUCGUCGUCGAUUUGUAAGUCGUGACGUGUCUCAUCACGCCGAAACACGUCCCUUUCUGUCUCUCUUGUAGCGCCGCGACCCAUCGGCGCCCGCUGUCAACUCGACGGCGAGUGCGUCGGACACGCCGACGGGCUUUCAAUGUGCCACGCAGGAGUGUGCCAGUGCUCUCCGAUCGCCUACACGCAAGGAAUCGCAUGCGUUAGACGAAAGUGUAAGAAGCAGCGCCAGUGUGCUCCGCCUUCCCUGCAUGCUUUUCGCUCUCCUUCCCUUGCAUGCUCCUAGUCCCUCUUCCUAGACGUUUCUAGGCUUUCCAUCCCUUCCUAGUCUCCGCUUAGGCUUCUAGUCUCACUUGUAGAGACCCUAGUCCGAGCACGCCCUUCACCUGCUUUCCAGUACUCAUCCGACGUUCUUUCAGCUUUCCAAAUGAACGACGACCCCGUAAUCGACGCAAUCGACGACAAGUCCAGCAGCAGCAGCCAGUCCGGCGUCCGCGUCUGA